AUGAAAGAACCGCCCAAGCUCUCGGCGGGAGACUACUUCUCCUUGCUCUACACCGUGACUCGUGCUGUGGGCACAUUAACCUUCGCGACCCUCACGGGCUGGUCGAGAGGUGAGGAUUGUCCGCGGGACUACAAGCGGCAUGUCAUCUACAGCACUUGUCGAACGUUGUUCGCGCACUUGUCGGUCAAGCAGAUGCAGGCCCUACAGCCGACCACGAGCGCGGGUUACACGGCUUUUGCGAAGAAGCAAAAGUUCGACCCCGAGAUUGUAGAGCUGGACGACGGGGCCUUGGGGUGCUUCAUGGGGCCCAAGACGGCGAAGAAGACGCUCGUGUGGUUCCAUGGUGGAGGAUACACCUUCCCAGCGGCCGAUCCGCACUGGGCCAUGCUCUGGGAUUUCAUCGAGCUGGCUAAAAAGAACGACGAGCAGCUUCGAGUCAUGGUUCUGGAGUAUGAACUCACUCCCCAUGGCUAUUACCCGUUGCAACUCAAGCAGGCCGUCGCGGGGAUCAAGCAUCUGUUGGAUUCUGGGUUGAAGCCGUCACAGAUUCUGUUUGGUGGUGAUUCAGCUGGAGGUAACCUCGCUGCAGCGCUGAUCGGUCAUCUCUCGCAUCCUCACCCUAGCGUAUCUCCCAUCUCCAUCUCCAGUAAUCUGGGAGGGGCGCUCUUGGUCUCUCCUUGGGCCUCGUUCACACAAGAGCGGGAAUCCUGGAAGAAGAACUUCAAAAAGGACGCACUGGUCCCGGUGACAGUGAAACUAUGGUCCGACAACUUCAUGGUCAAAUCACCCGUAGACAACUGGAACCAACCGGCAGAAGCGCCGGCGGACUGGUGGAAAGACAUCAAGGUGGACAAUGUGGCCAUCGUGGGAGGGGAGAAUGAGGUUCUCAUCGACGACAUCCGGGAACUCGCAGAGAAGAUGAAGGUGCAUAAUCCUACACUCGAGUACCUGGAAGCCCCCAGCGAAGCGCAUGAUUCCAUAGUAAUGGAUAGAUCGUUUGGGUUGAAGGACGAGUUGGCAUCGGAGCAGUUCAUCCACAAGUGGGUUCUGGGCAGGUUAAAGUAG